AUGCGAAUACAAUUUGAUAAAAUUGAACCAUAUGCUAUAACGGGUGAUAGUUUUCCACUAUAUGUUGUUGAUGCAUCUAAAGUUGGCAUGUGCUAUUUGUGCGUCCAUCAACAGGGUGAAUCCAUGGACAAACAAAAACAUCAUAGUUUAAUUGUGGACGUGACUGGUGAAACUCGACUUAAUAAUAAGGGUACAAUUGAGGAGUUAAUUGAACUGAUGGUCCAUGUUACCGCUAAAGCAAAAGCAGAUGAAACAAAAUAUCAUUACGGACGAGUGACGAUAGCUCCAGAUGAAGAUUUGAUUCAUAUAGUUGAUCGAUUAUACAACAUUAUGUACGUCACACCAAAUCAAUGGACCUCACAACUUCGACAUAUUGUAAGUAGUAGCUUUGUUGUUUAUGCAUACUAG